ACGACGACACGGUUGCGCUCCGAUCAAGAUCUCGCGAGUGUGAGAUAAUAUAUUACAUCUAUAUAUAUACCUUAUAAUAUUUCAUCAAUCAACGUUUACGUUUUUCUCAUCGAAAAAGAGAAAAAAAACAAAAAUCAAUAUAUAAAUAAAUUCAUCUGACGUAUAUUAUAUUAUAAUAAAUACAAGUAAUUAAUUUAAGUUAUACAUUGGAACACAAGUUUGAAAUCCGGAUGAGAACAUUUAACAAUCAUCAGCAUCAGCAUUAGCAUCAUCAGCAUCAGCAUCAGUGCAUAAAAUAAUUGAACCAAUAAGCAACAUAUUAUUUGGUGCAUAACUGAACUUUUGUCGUCGUAUUUGUUGAUUUAUCUCACUCACCCCCCCCCCGUCUCACCAGAUUAUGGAAAACAACUGGGUUGUUUUAUUCGUCACGUUGAUUAUUGGAUAAAGAGAGAGAUUGUUCCUUUGGUUUACUAUAUAUAUAUUUUUCUUUUUCGACUUUUUUUUUCUUGGGGGAGUUUUCGUUUGGUUUUUAUUCAAGGAAAGAUAAAUAAGUAAAGUUGUAUCGUGAAAAAAGGAUUGCAUUUUGUUAUAUACUACUACUACUACUACUACUACUACUACUACUACUACUACUACUACUACUACUACACGUAUACACGAGUAUUCUGGUGAACUUUUUGAUUUUUAUCGUAACUAUUUUCCUUCAUGAGAUAUGGUUUAUGCAAAGUGUGAGAUAAGAUAUGAAAAAAAACGUGAGAAAAUAUAAAGAAAUAGCCUGAGAUACGAAAAUAUACAACGAAAAAUAAUAAGAAGAAGAUAAAUCAAAGGAUAAGUGUAUGUAGACAUUUAUCUAGCACCAGAAAUAAGAUAGAAAACUUAAACCUAGGGAUAUUAUAAUCCAACCUAGGGAAAAUUAAAAAUCCAUUAUGAAGAUCUAUGGGGAGAAUAACAUAGGAUAAAAGGAUUAACAAGUAUUCUAACAAUACCAAGUGAAUAUCUCAACGAAGUAUCAACGAAAGUUAGCCUAGAAGAGUAUUACGAUCAAUGAUAAAAAGAAACGUUAUAAUAAAGAAGAAAGUUUUAUUUGAACGUGUACAUUUGUUACGGAGCGUCGGAUGCUGUGUACGGACGGACGUGUACGGGUGAGCAGAGAGGGCCUAUCGUCAAACAAAAAUCGUGUUUUUAAUCGAAUAUUCAUCGGAAUAUAACGAAACGAGUAUAUAUUUACAUACAUAUAUAUAUAUAUUACGUAUAACAAAGAUAAAAAGUUCCUAAUUCUUAAAUAAAAAAAGAGAGAGAGAGAGAAAAGAAUAAGAAAAGGAAUAAGAAGAAGAAGAAGAAGAAGAGGAAGAAGAAGAUAGUCAUCUCGCAUGAUGAUGACAUAUUGAAAAUUAUUGAUAAUAAAAAAGGGACAGAAGUAAGGCUGAAGAAGGACAGCAAGAUGCCGCAACGCACGCCGUUCGCGAUUCAAGAGUUAUUGGGUCUGAAUGGUACCGGAAAUGCAAGUGGUACCGAUCGUGGCUCACCUCAAGGAUCGCCACCCGCCGGCGUAUCGGCGGUUUCUUAUGCACCUAAUGCACCCCAUCACAAACUCUGGGAUUACAUGCCUAGCCUGACGAAUCAUCUAGGUAAUCUUGGAAAUCUUGGGAACCUAGGAAAUUUGACGGCCUCGCGUAUGGCCUACCUGAAUGCUCAGGCAGCCGUCGCGGCUGCUUUUCUACCACCACCGCAUCCUCAUCCGGCGCAUCAUGUACCUCAUCAUCAGGUACAUCAACCGGGUCAACUUCCUGCCUCACCUGCCGGUGUCAAUGUUCAUCCAGCGGCACACGCGCAACAUGUACUUCCUGGUACUGCUGUUACCGCCAAUCAUCAUCAACAUAGUCCAACUCAGCAUACACCGCCACACGGAUUCUCACAGACGAAAGGCACCUUCUCGAAUGCAAGUCCAGGUGUUGGACAUAACAUCGAGUCGGGCAAGGAUUUCACAGUCGACGGUCUAUCUGGUUUUAGUAAAAAAAAGAAGAAGAAACGUCGUCAUAGCUCCAGGACGAUCUUCACGUCUCAGCAGCUGGAGGAGUUGGAGGCAGCGUUCAAAGAAGCCCAUUAUCCCGACGUCUAUGCUCGCGAGAUGCUCAGCCUCAGGACGGAUCUGCCCGAAGACAGGAUACAGGUGUGGUUUCAAAAUCGGAGAGCUAAAUGGCGCAAAACUGAAAAAUGCUGGGGUAGAAGUACCAUAAUGGCGGAGUAUGGUCUAUACGGUGCGAUGGUUCGACAUUCUUUACCACUUCCAGAAACUAUUUUGAAGAGUGCUAAGGAGAACGAAUCGGUGGCUCCAUGGUUGCUUGCGCAAUCGUCUAAGACAAGCGGCUUUAGUCAAGAUUUCGAAAAUAAUCAAGAACUGAUUGACUGUGGGCCCGUAGGGAUGCACCGAAAGUCGAUCGAAGCGGCGGAACAUCUCAAGUCUGGUGGCGAGGACAGCGGAAACGACCAUAACGGGAGCGGAAGUAGCCCUCAUCAUAAUCAUCACCAAGGUGGACCUACCAGUUCCGAGAGUGGACAAGAGAGCCAAGAUGGUAUGGGGCCGUCUUCUUCGACAGGAGUCGUACAGGACACAGAACAACUGAGGAACGAGAGCAUCGCCUGCUUGAGGGCGAAAGCUCAGCAACAUCAAUUGCAACUGAGCUUGCAACCAACGGCAGCUCCAACAGGCAGCUCUUAUCAGACAGGACCGCAAUCGAGCACACUCCAUGCUUCGGUUUAAUCAUUCUCGUCAAAGUUUUUCAUCUUGAUUCUCGAAAAAAAAAGAAGGGGGAAGAAACAUUGACGACGACUUUAGUCUGGACUAUUCGCCUAAUCGUCGAAUAAAAGAACAAAAAAGGAAAAGGAAGAAGUAACAAGAAAAUAAUACUACAUUUCUUCAAUCUAUAUAUAUAUAUAACGAACGUAAGGAAAUGACAAAAAAAUAAUAAGAGAGAGAGAGAGAGAGAAAGAAAAAAAAGUAAAAUACGUUCGAAGAGGAAGAUCGAGAUCUCGUUAUAUGGAUCGAUCAUUAAAAUAUAUUUUCUAAUCGAUGAAGAUAUAUUGAUGAUAUUAUGGUGACAAAAAACAAUGAAUCUCCCAAAUUAUCGACUGCUGACUCGUGAGGACGAUCAGGGUAAACGAAGUGACAUUUUAAAUAAAAAAUACAAAAAAGAUACAAGAGAGAAACACAGGUAGAGAAAGAAAUAAAAAAAGAAAAAUAUUAAUUUACGUGAGCAACGAAUAAAUCGAACAAAUAUACAUAUAUAUAUAUAUAGAUAUAUAUAUAUAUAUAUAUAUAUUUCGAUAUCCAACACGAAUGAGAUACCUCCUUUGGUAUAUGUAUAUAUGUAAUCCGAUCAACGAAAAUUUACCAAAAGAAAAGAAGAAAAAAACACAGGAAAAAGAUAAUAAAAUAAAAUUGACGGUCUCUAUAAUAUACGUAUGCGCAACGAAAAGAAAUAAGGGAAAUACAGAAACUUCAUCAACGAAAAAUCAGUGGCCUAUCAAUGGCCAUCUUUAAAUCGAUACUUUAACAAAACGAAAUCGAUACGAAGAAAUAAACUAAUACCUAAUUAAGAAAUAAUAGUCGCUUUUAAAUAGUGUGAGAGUGAAAUAAAACGACAGAGAAAGAAAAAGAAAGAAAGAUAUAGAAAAAGAUAGAGAGAAAUUAAAAAAGAAAAGAAAAAGAAAGAAAAGAAACGAACGAAUAAACAAUUAAACGAACAAAUAAAUAAAUAAAAUAAUUAAUUAAUUAAACAAAUACACGAGAAACGAAGACUUUUCGCCUUUUAACAAAAAUAAAAUAAAAUAAUAUAAAAUAAAAGAAAGAAAAAAAAGACAUACUACGCAAAAUGAUUCGCAACGAAAUGUUAAAUAGGAACGACGUUAGGUACAUCGAAAUGAGUGAAUGUGUAAUUUGUAUGAGAGAUUGAAAGAGAGAAAAAGAAAGUGAGAGAGAGAGGAAAAAAAAAUUUUGAAUUAUUUCAAAACAGAAAAAAAGAAUGAGUGAAAGAGACGCACGUAAAAAAAAACGUUUAUUAGCGAACACUUCCUAUACCCAAGUACUUAAAGAAGACAUAACUGUUGUCAAAUGUGCAAUAUAUCGAUAUAAGUUUUAGUUCUAUAAGGUAUAUUAUACUUUAUUAAUGGAUACACCUACGCGCGUGGUGGUACGGGAGUAAACGGCGAUUAACGAUAUAUAUGUAUGUAUAUGUAUGUGCGAAAGAAAGAGAUUACGAUGGUAUGCAAAAAAAUAUGGAUCAUGUUUGAUGAUUUACAAAUUUCAUUUUUAAUCGGAUCUCUUAAAAAAGAAAAAGAAAAAGAAAAUCAUCAUUAUAUAUCGAAAACGUCAUUACCUUUCUCCUUAAUCCACUACUGUAUAUAAAUAUAUAUAUAAAUACAAAGGGUAUAUAUAUAUACUAUAAACAUAUAUAUAUACAUAU